ACCGAGUUGCCGCUGCACCGGCGGCCAUUUCCCCCUCAGUCGCAGCGGACGGGACGGACUGAGGUCGGUGGAAGCGGCGCCGCGUCUCUCCUCAUCUCUCUGUGUCUCUACCCCAGGUUUUGCAGACAUGUCUGAUUUUGUGGAGAGUGAAGCCGAGGAGUCUGAGGAAGAGUAUGAUGAAGAAGGUACAGUGGUGCCGAAAAAACCCAAGAAAUUCUUGGAAGACGAUGAUGAGGAAGAGGAAGAAGAAGAUGAAAAUGCAGAUGACCAAGACGAACAGGGAAAUUUGAAGGACUUCAUUAAUGAUGACGUGGAGGAUGAUGAGGAGGAAGAGGAGGAGGGAGAUGCUGGCAGUGAAGGAUCUGGUGGUGCAGACUCCAUCGCAAAGAAAAGGAAACGCAAAACUUACGACGACAGGCUGGAAGAUGAUGAUUUUGACCUCAUUGAGGAAAACCUGGGUGUCAAAGUCAAACGGCAGCAAAAAUUCCGACGUGUGAAGAAGGUAUCUGACGAUGAAGACGAGGAGGAGGAAGAAACGGCCAAGAAAGGACACGAGAAGGAGGCGAUUGCCGAUGAACUUUUCCCCGAGUAUGAAGGGGAGGAAGGAGAGCAGGUGGAAGUACCCGUGGUGGCCCCUGAGGAAAUAGAGGAGGAAGAGGAUGAGGAAUCAGAUAUCGAUGACUUCAUUGUUGAUGAUGACGGGCAACCACUUAAGAAGCCAAAAUGGAAGAGGAAGUUCCCCGGGUACACUGACGCUGCUCUUCAAGAAGCCCAGGAGAUCUUCGGAGUGGAUUUUGAUUACGACGAAUUUGAGAAGUACAAUGAAUACGAUGAGGAGAUGGAGGAGGAAUACGAGUUUGAAGAUGAGGAAUUGGGUGAAGGCGAAACCAGGGUUCGCCCAAAGAAGACCGCCAAGAAACGUGUCAGCCGGCGCAGCAUCUUUGAGAUCUAUGAGCCCAGUGAGCUGGAGAGCAGCCACCUCACAGACCAGGACAACGAGAUCAGAGUCACAGACAUGCCCGAGAGAUUCCAGCUUCGUGGCAUUCCAGUCAAACCCUGUGAAGAUGACGAACUGGAGGAAGAGUCCGAGUGGAUUUACAGAAAUGCCUUCUCAACGCCCAGCAUUUCAUUGCAGGAGAGUUCUGAAUACCUGGAACGUGGGCAGGGAAUCAGCAACUUCAGUCGAAAAGGUCCGGCAACUAUCCAGAAGAUAAAAGAAGCUCUCAAUUUUAUGAGGAACCAGCACUUUGAGGUGCCUUUCAUUGCGUUCUACAGAAAGGAGUAUGUGGAUCCAGAACUGAAUAUCAAUGACCUGUGGAAGUUAUGGCAGUGGGAUGAGAAGUGGACACAGCUGAAGACUCGCAAAGAAAACCUGAACCGGCUAUUCCAGAAGAUGCAAGCGUACCAGUACGAACAAAUCUCUGCGGACCCCGACAAGCCCCUGGCGGAUGGCGUUAGAGCACUUGACACGGCAGAUCUUGAAAGACUGAAGGACGUGCAGUCGAACGAUGAACUGCAGGACGUGUACAAUCACUUCUUGUUGUAUUAUGGUCGUGAUAUUCCAAAAAUGCAAAAUGCAUUAAAACCAAGUAAGAAGAAAUACAAAAAGAGUCAGCAAGUUGGAGAGGAUGAGGAGGAAGGAGAACGAGAUGAGGAGGUUGAAGACGAUGAACGUCAUGGACCAGAGCUGAAGCAAGCUUCCCGCAGAGACAUGUACACUAUUUGCCAGAACGCUGGUCUAGAUGGGCUUGCAAAGAAAUUUGGGCUGACUCCUGAGCAGUUUGGUGAAAAUCUCCGAGACAGUUACCAGCGCCAUGAAACCGAGCAAUUUCCUGCGGAACCACUUGAAUUGGCGAAAGAUUACGUCUGCAGCCAAUUUCCAACGCCUGAGGUCGUACUGGAAGGCUCCCGAUACAUGGUGGCCAUGCAGAUUGCCCGAGAACCAUUGGUCAAGCAGGUUCUAAGACAGACCUUUCAAGAGAGAGCCAAGAUUAACAUUACUCCCUCGAAGAAAGGCAAAAAGGACAUUGAUGAAGUGCACUACGCUUAUUCUUUCAAAUACGUAAAGAAUAAGCCUGUCAAAGAAUUGAGAGAUGAUCAGUUCUUGAAGAUAUGCCUUGCUGAGGAAGACGGCUUGCUAAGUAUGGAGAUCUGUAUUGACAUGAAGGGACUUGACGGUUACGGCAAUGAGCAGACCUAUUUUGAUGAAAUCAAGCAAUUCUACUACCGUGAUGAAUUCAGUCACCAAGUGCAAGAAUGGAACAGGCAACGCAGCAUGGCAAUCGAGCGGGCUCUGAAUCAGUUCCUCUACCCACUGAUGGGCAAGGAGCUGAAAAACAAGUUGCUCAUUGAGUCACGAGAUUAUAUUUCAAAGUGUUGCAGUCGCAAGCUAUACAACUGGUUGAAGGUUGCGCCAUAUAGGCCUGACCAGCAAAACGAUGAGGAUGACGAUGACUUUAUGGAGGAAAGUCAGAGCAAAGGUGUCCGAGUGUUGGGGAUGGCGUUUACAGACGAAAGGGAUGCGCCGUCAUUCUGUUCUCUUGUCAAUGGUGAUGGGGAAGUGACAGACUUCCUUCGACUGCCUUAUUUCUUAAAGCGGAGGAAUGCUUGGCGUGAGGAAGAUCGAGAGAGGAAGGCAAAGGACAUUGAAAGCUUGAAGAAGUUUCUCCUGAGUAAGAAGCCUCAUGUGGUGGCGAUUGGUGGAGAGAACAGGGACGCACUUAUGGUUGUAGAGGAUAUAAAACGAAUUGUCAAUGAACUGGAGCAGGAGCAUCAAAUGUCACCUAUUGGAGUGCACUUGGUGGACAAUGAGCUGGCCCUUCUCUAUAUGAAUAGCAAAAAGUCCGAGAAUGAAUUUCGGGAUUACCCACCGCUGUUACGUCAGGCAGUGUCACUGGCUCGCAGGGUGCAGGACCCACUGGUCGAGUUUGCUCAAGUCUGCAGCUCUGAUGAUGACAUUAUUUGUCUCAAAUUGCACCCCUUGCAGGAACAAGUUCUAAAAGAAGAAUUACUGGGUGCGCUUUACUGUGAAUUCAUUAACCGAGUGAAUGAAGUGGGUGUGGAUGUAAACAGAGCGAUAACACAUCCACACACUCAAGCACUGGUUCAAUAUGUUUGUGGUCUGGGGCCUCGUAAAGGAUCACACCUGCAGAAGAUCCUCAAACAGAAUAACACUCGCUUGGAGAAUAGGACCCAGCUCGUCACGAUGUGCCACAUGGGUCCAAAGGUCUUCAUCAAUUGUGCGGGAUUUAUUAAAAUAGAUACGGCGUCUUUAGGGGACAGUACUGAUUCCUACAUUGAGGUCCUGGACGGAUCAAGAGUUCAUCCUGAGACGUACGAAUGGGCCAGGAAAAUGGCGGUGGACGCUCUGGAAUACGAUGAAUCGGCAGAGGAUGCCAACCCCGCUGGGGCGCUGGAAGAAAUUCUGGAAAACCCUGAGCGACUAAAAGAUCUCGACCUUGACGCAUUUGCGGAAGAGCUGGAAAGACAGGGCUAUGGUAACAAAGGCAUCACACUGUAUGACAUUCGAGCCGAGCUGAGCUGCAGAUACAAGGAUUUGCGUAUACCUUGCCGUGCACCAAACUCUGAGGAGAUCUUUAACAUGCUCACAAAGGAAACUCCAGAGACAUUUUACAUUGGUAAAUUAAUAACGUGCAACGUGACAGGAAUUGCUCACAGGAGGCCUCAGGGUGAGAGUUAUGAUCAGGCCAUCAGGAAUGAUGAAACCGGCCUUUGGCAGUGUCCUUUCUGCCAGCAAGACAACUUUCCGGAGCUUAGCGAGGUGUGGAAUCAUUUUGACAGCGGUGCGUGUCCUGGUCAGGCUAUCGGGGUGAAAACCAGGCUGGACAACAACGUCGCAGGUUUUAUCCCAACAAAAUUCCUGAGUGACAAGAAUGUGAAACACCCCGAAGAAAGGGUCAAGAUUGGCAUGACUGUACAUUGCCGAAUGAUGAAGAUAGACAUUGAGAAGUUCAGUGUGGACCUUACGUGCCGAUCGUCGGAUCUGAUGGAUAAGAACAACGAGUGGAAGUUGCCCAAGGACACCUAUUACGAUUUUGACUCUGAAGCGGGAGAUCAAAAGGUCGCAGAUGACGCAAAGAAAAAGCAGCAACGCACAAGUAUGUCACAGAAACAUAGACAAUAUUUUCAACGUGUCGGCCACCUGCUGCGACUAUGA